GUAGAUUUACGGCACUGUGACGUCACUUGCUCUGCAAAAAGACUCAAGAACCACUGCCUGAAACUUAAAGCUGCAGAUGUGCAGCCCGGGAUUAACCGACAAAACUCGUACUGAUGGAGAAAACAGAGAGACAUGAAAGAGACUGAUACUGUCGAGGGGGAGAAGGAUGGACAGUGGGACAGCGGAGAGGAGGUCCCAAUGAGCCGUAGUUUCUCAGUGGAAGACCUCCUUGAUGAGGUGGAGAAGAUCUGUUAUGAUGCAUCGGGAACCUCAAAGGUGGAGAUGGUGGUACGGUUGUGGAAGGAUGGAUUUACUGUAAACGAUGGCGACUUUCGCAGCUACUCCGUACCGAAGAAUCAAGAUUUCCUGGAUGCUAUUAAAAGAGGGGAGCUUCCUGCAGAGUGGGGGAGAAGAGCAGAAGAGGAGGAGCUGGAGAUCAGUGUGGAGGAUCUGACAGAGGAAAACUACGUCCCCAGAAAGAAGAAGGUUUUUCAUCCCUUUAGCGGCCCAGGAUACCGACUUGGCAGCGUUGCACCCAGAGUUGUGGCCAGGUCACCGUCUGUGCACGAGGAUGGAGAUUCUCCUCCUAUUCCCAUGGUAACACUAGAUCACGCCCUUCCCGUCACCUCCCUGCAGAUCUGGUUGGCCGAUGGCAGGAGAUUGGUGCAGAGGUUUAACCUAUCGCAUCGAAUUGCUGAUGUUCAAGAUUUUGUGGCUCGCUGCCAGAGGAGCUGCCCACCGUUCACCCUGACGACAUCGCUUCCUUUCCGAGAGCUCAGUGACAAAGAAUUAAGUCUUGAAGAAGCGGAUUUGGCCAACGCCGUCAUUGUCCAGAGACCCCUGAACACACAGGCCCCCUUCGGGCACUCAUGACCACCAGGGCUCCUUAAUAUACACAGAAAAACCACUUCCCUUACUCCCAGACCCAUUGACAUCUUUCUCAUCGCAUCUCAUCGCGUUUUAUUCUGUAAUCUGAUGAUUGACACUCCCUGCUACAGUAUUUUUGAUUGAUAAACUACGAAGCAAUGGUGACAUUUUCCAAUUUUCCUGGGUCUCAAUGAGAUUUUACCUGUGUGAAUAAAAGUUAAUAGAUAAAUAAAAAAAUAAUUAGACUCAAAAGUUGUGCUGAGGAGCCAAUUGCAAUAUUUACUUGUCUUAUUCGUCACUAAAACAGUUAAAUCUGCAAACAGAUCUCCCCAGAAUCCCCUAAUUACAUCAACGGCAAACCGGCGAUGUCACAGAGCAGACCCACGAACAUGUGAUUCACCCCAUAGACCCACAACCAUCCACGACAACGUUUCUGAAGUCUUCCCAAAGUGUGAUCACUACUAUUAUGCACUAUAUGCAGUAAAAAUAAGAAGCUGAUACGGUCAUAUAUAUAUAUAUAUAUAUAUAUAUAUUAUAUACCUAUGAGCUUGUGUUAUUUUGUCUGGUCAGUAUUGCAGUAUUGAUGUUGGCCUACAUGUGUGGGUCUAUGAGGGGUUUUAUGUGAUUUUAUUUUUUCUUUGUAAAUAUUAGGCUUUCUUUUUGAGGGGUUGUUGUCAAUAAUGUUUUAUUUAACAGAAUCAUUGAAAAACAUAUCAUAAAUCAUAUAAUAUAAUAAAAAUCCUCUUAAAUUUGA